GGGAUUCAAAGCCGUCAUAUAUCUACAAAGUGAUAUACGUCGAUGAUUUUGACGGAUCCAGACCUGAUAUCGAUUUUAAGAUCACGCAGCUGAAACUUAUUGAUGGACAUGCGGAUGAAACCGCGGCACUUACUCAAUGUACGUCUAGUACGUCAGCCCGCAUAUGGGAAAUUGUUCUUGAUUUUGGUGAUUAUUAA